AUGUUGUUGCUGGCUAGACAGUGUUGUCGAGAGCAGACUGUUGUUGCUGCAGCCGGGUUGCGCAGCAGCGUGUUGUUGCUGCUGACGUGUUGGUGGCAAGCAGCGUGUUGUUUGGAGCAGGCGUGUUGCAGCAGGCGUGUUUGUCCGCAGCAGUUGUGGUUUUUUGUUCCACCCCCCACACCCCCCCCCCCUAACCACCCCGCAACAGACGUGUUGUUUUGCCACAGAAGUGGUGUUCGCAGCAGACGUGUUGUUGCUGGCAGGGCGUGCUGGUGCAGGCAGGCGUUGUUGUGCUGCAGACGUGUUUGA